CCGUCUCCAAAAGAAAAAAAAAAGAGUAUGAAACGAUGAGUACAAUGCAAUGAGUCGCCCGCCGCCUGCCACACCUACCCCGCAGCUCCAGACUGCCGCCUGCGCCGAGCCUAGGCCACCGAGCCUGACGGAAACUGCCGCUCCUGAACGCGUAUCCCAGUCCCGCAGCUGACCAAUCGGAGCCCGCCCUUCCGGGGCCCGCCCCCUUCCAGGAAUCGACCUCCGGACCGGCCUCGAAAAUUGACCAACCGGUUGUGUAGUUCCGCUCUUGGUCCCGCCCCCAUGUUGAAACUGCCGCUUCGGAUCGCGGAGUAACGCUUGCCAGGCGUCCCGGCCCUGCCCCUCAGCUGACCAAUCAGGACGGCGGGCGGAGGCCCAGCCCCUAGCCGGCGACCCGGGGCGGUUCAGGCGGCUGCUGCGGCGCGGAUCGGAGGAUUCUGCCGGGUAGAAGAGCUGGGGCUGGAACCGAGCCCUGAGGACAUCCUGUGGCCCAGGGGCAAGUGACACCUGCUGCAGGAGGCCCAGGAUGGUGGAGGCUGAGGACCUGGCGCAGCUGCGGCUGCUCAACCUGGAGCUCCUGAGGCAGCUGUGGGUGGGGCAGGAUGCUGUGCGGCGGUCAGUGACCAGGGCAGCCUUAGAGUCAAGCCUGGAAUCCAGCAGCUACAAUUCAGAGACUCCAUUGACCCUAGAGACGUCCUCAACUUCCUUGAGCACCUCCUGCCCACGGGGCCGGUGUCCUGUGUGGAGCUCACCAGAUGCCUGCCGAGGGGACCCCCGUGAUGUGGCCAGAUCGGGGGUGGCCUCUCUCCCACCUGCCAAAUGCCAGCACCAGGAGUCCCUGGGCCGACCGAGACCCCACUCAGCACCCUCCCUGGGCACCUCAAGCCUGAGGGACCCAGAGCCCUCAGUGGGGCUAGGUGAUCCAGGACCCCAGGAGGCACAGGCCCCGAGGUCCAUCCUGGCUCAACAGAGCAAGCAGUCCAAGCCCAGGGUGACCUUCUCUGAGGAGUCUGCAGUUCCUGAGAGGAGCUGGCGCCUCAGGCCAUACCUGGGCUAUGACUGGAUUGCAGGGUCUCUGGACAGCAGCUCUUCAGUCGCCAGCCAGCCUGAGGCCUUCUUCUCGAAGCUGCAGGAGUUUCGGGAAACCAACAAGGAGGAGUGUAUCUGUAGCCAUCCUGAACCCCAGGUCCUAGGUCUGCAUGACAGCAGUGGCAGCGGCGUGGAGAAAGACCAUGAAUGCGUGUACUGUUACCGUGUCAACCGGCGCCUGUUCCCCGUGCCUGUGGAUCCUGGCACCCCCUGCCGCCUGUGUAGGACACCACGAGACCAGCAGGGCCCUGGGACCCUGGCACAGCCAGCGCAGGUCAGGGUGAGCAUCCCGCUGUCGAUCCUGGAACCUCCGCACCGGUACCGCAUCCACCGGCGGAAGAGCUUUGACGCCUCCGACACACUGGCCCUGCCCCGGGUGAGCAGCACUGCCUGCUGGGCUGGGACAUUUUCCCUCCGAAGUCUGAGAAAAGCUCAGCCCCUAAGAACCUGGACCUCUGGUCCUCUGUCUCCACUGAGGUCCAGCACCAGAAGCUGUCAGGCACCAGCCCUUUUCGCCUGGUGCCACCCCCUACCCCGAUCUGGUCAGUGCCCCAGGUCCCUCGGCCCCACGUCCCACGGCAGAAGCCUCGAGGACCGACUCCUGGAGGACAGCAUUCCCGCCGCCUCCAGCCUCUCACCUCCAGCAGGCGCACCCAGGAGAUGGAAGCCCCUGCCCGCCCCGCUCAGGCCCGGCUGUCCUAGGUUGGGCAGGUGGGCGGGCCCAGGCUUGUCUGCUGCCUGGGUUCCAGAGAGGAAGGACCCUGGGGUGGAGGGUGAGGGAUUCUGUGGAAAUUUUAAAAUAAAGCUCAGUGCUCUGCAGCUCAAGUCCCACGUGUGCUGGUUCCAUCCUGCUCAUGCACUUGGGGCCCAGAAGGCACUCUGGCCUCUCAACCUGCCGUCCUGGCACCUGCAGAAGGAAGACAUUGUGACCACCGGGACUGGGCAGUGUGUGUGCGUCACCAUGAGGAUGGCUCCUUCCGCACAUCCCCAGCUCUGGGUAGUGGCCUCCACCAGAUAGGGGAGGGGGGUCCCC